UCUCUUUUUCUUCUCAGAUCUCACAGCUCUUUUCUUUCUCUUCCCCACUGUGCUUCUUUAGCUCCUCCCAAAUCUAGGGUUUUUUCCAAUCCUUGUUAUUCUUCUUUAGAAAUUGAGAUCUAAUCUGAAUCCAUUGCGUCGCUUGCUGGGUUAUUCAUUUCAACAUCUAGGGGACCUCAGGCUAAUUCCUUUUGGAAGAAUUCUUGUGCUGUGGGGGGCUUGCCAUAAACAACACCAGGGAUGGAAAAUCUGAUUUUAGGCUUUUAAUCUUUAGCCUGUUGUCUGUAUGAUAUUUUUGUGCUGCUUUAAUCUGUAGAAAGUUGUUUUGCAAGGAAGAUCAUAAUUGAGGAUUAGAUUGUUUGAAUAAUGAGGGGAAGAGGAGAUGGGGGUCAAAAGAAGCACUUGUUACCUUUACUAUGUAUUGGGGCACUAGUCCUAGUUUUUCUGUUUAUGUAUUAUGGAUCCUUUUUUGAUUCUCAAGAGUUAUCCACUAACACUGCACUAGAGCAUGGUAGUAAAUUAUCUAAGUCAUUGAGUUGGUCUAGUGAUGAAAGUGGAGAGGAUGGCAAAUUAGAAGAGUUUAUUUUUGGGCAAGAACAUAGAGAUGAUAAUGUCAUACCCAAGAGCUAUCCGGUAUGUGAUGAUCGGCAUUCAGAGUUGAUUCCCUGCCUGGAUAGGAACCUUAUAUAUCAAACCAGACUGAAAUUGGAUCUCUCUUUGAUGGAACACUAUGAGAGACAUUGCCCUCACGCUGACAGACGCUACAAUUGUUUAAUCCCUCCACCACCGGGCUACAAGGUUCCCAUAAAAUGGCCUAAAAGUCGGGAUGAAGUGUGGCAAGCAAAUAUACCUCAUACUCACCUUGCACAGGAGAAGUCUGACCAGAACUGGAUGGUUGUUAAAGGAGACAAGAUUGUAUUUCCUGGUGGUGGCACACAUUUCCAUUAUGGUGCUGACAAAUAUAUCAAAUCUAUUGCAAAUAUGCUCAACUUCAAUAAUAAUAAUUUAAACAAUGAGGGAAGACUGCGAACAGUUCUUGAUGUUGGUUGUGGAGUGGCAAGCUUUGGAGGAUAUCUGCUCUCAUCUGACAUCAUAGCUAUGUCAUUAGCACCAAAUGAUGUUCAUCAGAACCAGAUCCAGUUUGCCCUAGAGAGAGGAAUCCCUGCUUAUCUUGGUGUAUUAGGGACCAAAAGGCUCCCAUAUCCAAGCCGAUCCUUCGAACUUGCUCACUGUUCUCGCUGUAGGAUUGAUUGGCUUCAGAGGAAUGGCAUCCUCCUGCUUGAGUUAGACAGACUGCUUAGACCAGGAGGGUAUUUUGCUUAUUCAUCUCCUGAAGCAUAUGCUCAGGAUGAAGAGGAUCGUAGAAUAUGGAAGGAGAUGAGUGCGCUUGUUGAACGGAUGUGUUGGAAGAUUGCUGCCAAGAAAAAUCAAACUGUUAUCUGGGUUAAACCUUUGACAAAUGACUGUUAUCACAACAGACGGCCAGGCACUAAGCCGCCUUUGUGCAAAACUGACAAUGACCCAGAUUCUGUAUGGGGUGUACCAAUGGAGGCAUGUAUCACACCUUACUCUGAUCAGAACCACAAAGCCAAGGGAAGUGGUUUGGCUCCUUGGCCGGCUCGUUUAACUACACCCCCUCCUCGUCUGGUGGAUUUCGAUAUUUCCCCGGAUGUGUUCAUGAAGGACAUGGAAAUUUGGCUACAAAGAGUGGAGGGUUACUGGAAACUAUUGAGCCCCAAAAUCAGGCCUAACACUAUAAGGAACGUAAUGGACAUGAGGGCAAGCUUGGGAUCAUUUGCAGCUGCUCUCAAAGAUAAGCCGGUUUGGGUGAUGAAUGUUGUUCCAGAAGAUGGACCGAAUACCCUCAAAAUAAUUUACGACCGAGGACUGAUCGGCUCUGUUCAUGACUGGUGUGAGGCAUACUCAACUUAUCCCCGAACAUACGAUCUUCUCCACGCAUGGACUGUCUUCUCCGGCAUCAUCGAGAGAAAAGGGUGCAGUGCGGAGGACCUUCUGCUCGAGAUGGACCGAAUACUCAGACCUACAGGUUUCAUAAUAGUUCGUGAUAAGCCGGUGGUCAUAGACUUCAUCAAGAAGUAUAUGCCGGUGUUGCAUUGGGUAUCUGUGGCUGUCGUCGAAGCUGACCCAGGUUCCGACCCCGAAAAUAGUGAGUCAGUGCUUGUGAUCAGGAAACAAAUGUGGAAUACUAAUGACAAUCUGAAGUAUCCUGCAUAAGAUUUAAGCUCUCAACAAGAUUCACUCAACAUUCCCUCUUGUUUUUGUAAAAGCACAUAUAUAUAAACAAGUGUUCAGCAAUGUGAUUUUGUAGGCAUGGUCUUCUUCCUCUUAGAAUGCUGCUUCUCUUAAAACAUUUUUAUCAAGGCAACAUAAUAAUAUUUAUUUAUAUUCAUGGUUUC